AUGGUGGAUCUGAAUAUGCCACCUGAGGGUAGUCAGGAGGGGUCUAAUGUUGAAAUUCUUAAUGUUGACUUAAUGGAUGACGGUGUUGAAAGUCAUGACGAUUCUACUAUCAGAGAUUUGAUGAUGGAGCAGUAUGAAGUCAACCCCAAUGAUGGAGACGAUGCUGAUGAAGAACCACACGAAAUCCCUGAUGAUGGUGAAGAGGAAGAGGAGAUGAACUACUAUGGUGACACACAGAUUGCUCUCACACAGCCUGCCAUUUCUCAACCAUAUGACCGGCUGGAUCAUUUCACUAGGUUGAAUCUCGAUGCAAUGACUUUGGAUUGGUCGUUUACCCAAAGAGGCCUUGAAGAAGACCCAAGCAACGAGUUUGAGGUUGGACAACAAUUUAGGAACAAGGAAGAAGUCAUGUUGGCAGUUAAGCAGUACAGCAUCAGGAGGGCUGUGGAGUUCAAAAUAGUAAAGAGUGACCAUUGGAGGUACAAUGCAAGAUGUAUCCAGUUCGGAUUCGGUUGUAAUUGGAGCAUACUUAUAUCACAUCGCCGAAAGCAAGAAAGAUGGGAGGUUAGGAGAUACACUGGUCCUCAUACUUGCAUGCAAACUUCGAUGGGGCAAGAUCAUCGUAGGUUGGAUUCGAAAGUGAUUGCACAACACAUUCUCACGAUGAUCAAGGCCGAUCCAACAAUCAGCAUCAGGGUUCUACAAGAAGGUGUGGAGAAUCACUUUGAUUACAAGGUGUCGUACAUAAAGGUUUGGCUUGCAAAACAGAGAGUCAUCGCUAGAACAUAUGGCAAUUGGGAAGAGUCAUACAACGAGCUUUCUCGUUGGUUAUUCGCUAUGCAGAUGUACUUGCCAGGUACUUGGGUGCAACUAGUGACACAGUCGUGGCCUGCCUUCACCGACACUGUAAUGUUUCAUCGGGUCUUUUGGACGUUUCCACUGUGUGUUGAUGCCUUCAAGCAUUGCAAGCCACUUAUCUCUAUUGAUGGCACCCACCUAUAUGGUAAAUACGGUGGAACUUUGCUGAUGGCCAUAGCGCAAGAUGGCAAUGCAAACAUUCUGCCCAUUGCAUUCGCAUUUGUUGAGGGUAAGACAAAGGAGGCGUGGUCGUUCUUUCUUUCGUACUUACGGGAGCAUGUUACACCACAACCAGGGCUACACAUUGCAGCCAACUUCAUGACCCACUUUAGGAACAAAGACUUGAAGAAGGUUCUUAUUAAUGCAGUGUACUUGAAGUCGCAUCGUGAGUUUGCUCAUUACUAUGGCCGUCUGAGGGGCAAAAAUGUAGCUAUUAUAAACUGGCUUAAAGAAAUGCCACGGUCACAGUGGGCACAGCAUGCUGAUGAGGGACGUUGA